GGGCUACUUGGUUCGGUGCGCCGAAGGGGCCCCUCUUCCAGUGAGUUGGGCCUGAGAUUUGUCUUCGUUUUCUGAGGAGACUGACAGGAUUUCACCCUCUCUGUGACACGAUGAAAUGUGUAAUUGGGAGCAACCACAUAAAAGUAUUUGGGAGAGCAAUCCAUGCUUUAGCACGAAUUAGUGAUGAGUUCUGGCUUGACCCAAGUGAAAAAGGGCUUGCUUUAAGGUCAAUGAAUUCUUCUAGAUCAGCAUAUGCAUGUGUCUUCUUUCCACCAAUUUUUUUUCAAAUGUACCACAGCACAACUAUUCCUGAAGGAUGUGAGAAAUAUAUACCAUUGCAUCUAAAAUAUAAAUUGGGAAUAAAGUCAGUUCUGCCCAUAUUUCGAUCUCUGAACACACUUGAAAGAAAUGUGGAGAAGUGCAGUAUUUUUAUCAGUGAUAAUAACUGCAGAGUGGUUUUUCAACUCUUCUGCAAACAUGGCAUUAUAAAAACACAUAAUCUGGUUUAUGAAGAAUGUGAACCAUUCCAAGCAAUUAUCUCAAAACAUAUGUGUCCUAAUAUAUUGAAAAUCCCAGCAAGGCUGAUAGCUGAUAUAAUGAUUCAUUUUCCAACACAUCAAGAGGAAAUUACAUUAGUUGUUACUCCAAUGAAAGCAUGCUUCAAGAGCUAUUCCGAGGAAAUUGUUGAUUUCACCAAGACUGUGCACACUGAGAUGUGUCUUAAUCCAGAUGAGUUUGACUACUUUCAAGUUGGAGUUGACUGCAACAUAACCUUUUGCCUUAAACAACUGAGGGGACUCCUGGCAUUUUCAGAGGCUACAAGUUCUCCUGUUACAAUUCACUUUGCCCUACCUGGAAAGCCCGUAGUUUUCAGUAUUGACGAUAUGGCAUUAGAAGCCAGCUUUGUUCUGGCCACUUUAGCUGCUGUUCAGAAUAUCACAUCCUCUCCACAAUCUCUCUGCUAUUCACAAAGAUUGAAAAGGUCACAUCUGUUAAAGUCCAAUUCAGAGGUUGAGCACACAGUGCAAGAACCUCCCAUAGAAGGGGCUGCGUCAAAGAGGCCUUACUAUAAUGAGAGGCAGAGUGAUGCCCCAGAAUUGGCAAGUUUGAGAAGUGCUGCUGUGGCAAGAUCUGAAACACAUGACUCCAGAAUAAUAGAGGACCACAAUAAAGACCUGGAGGAGGAUAUGAUGUCAGAGGCUUCAGGUUAUGGAAAGUUCCAAUCCCUGUUUUUUGGAGCAAUUUCACCUAUGCUGCAAAAUAACUUCUACCCUGAGUUUAGUAGUCUGGUAACACCGAGUGACAACGAAGAUGACCUCAGUAAUGGGCAGCUCUCCCAAACUUUCUAAUGUUCAGUGAUGUAGCAAGGCGAGCUUUGAUACUAGGAUCAUAACUAGCUGCCCUUCACAUCAAACAUCUACUGACAUCGUUAAUUCAGAGGAAUCUGCCUGCACUUUCCAGGAAAACAGAAGUGUGGAACCCCUUGUGUCUGAAGCACUUUAUGAUAUUUACCGUUUUAAACAGUUGUGAUUAGAAAUGAGUAUUGUACAGUGUAAGAAAAUGAUUCAAACUUUUUUGGGGGAGGUUCUAAUUCUUAAGUGAGUAGACAGGGGUGCUAUAAACAUGAAUUAUUCCCUCUUCGAUUGUGGGAAAAAAACACCAUACAGUGCCUGUUUUAGUUCAGGACACUUUCACAAUGAGACUGUUUUCCUUGUCAGUUUAAUAAAUGCAUGUUAAAUUUCUCCAGAUAUUACAACCUCUGGGAAUUAGUACAAACAUUUGACGUACAGCCAGCAUCUAUUGCAACAAAAGGUAGUUUUGCAAUUUGUGGAUUCCCUUUGUAGUUAAGCAAAUAUUUAAGUUGAAUUACCUAAAGAAGUAACCUGUAAUGCAGAUUCUUCUUCUAUUACUGUACCUGCUUUGGGAUAUUUUAAAAUUAAGUCCUGAGGGAACAUGCUUUUAAAGCAAGCUCUUUCACACUGACCACUACACUUCAAGACAAUAAAAAGCAUCCAUUUUAAAGAUGACAAAGUUUUAGCCUCUAUUUAGUCCUUUCUCAAGGACUGCAAGAUGGAAAAAUGAAGACCACUGGUCCACUAGGAAUAAAUUGGAUUCCAAAGAAAUGUAUUUUCCUGAACAGUCAGUCCUCUUAUAAUGCAGUGGGUGGAGGGUUUUUUUGUAAAAUACUACAUUUAAGGAAAACAUAUGCCUUGGCCGAUGCCACAGACAUGUACACAAUUUCUUCUGACUCUGGAUCAUGCCCCAUCCAGAACAGACACAUUGUCAGGAAGCGUGUUCCUAAUUUCUUUCAUUACAGUUUACCAACACACAUAGUGUGAACAUGCUGCCUAGGAGCACUGACUGUACUCAAAGACUGCAAUAAUAGCUACCACAAUGAAAAGUGCAUUUGAGUUAGAAGUUGAAAGGAAUGGUUAGGACAAUAACUAUUCGUUCUUUGUCCCCAUUGAGAAACUAACCCACCCUGUCAUCAUAAUUCUGGUGCAAAACAUUCUGUAAUGUAAUAUUUCUUUGUUGGCAUCUCCCUUCCCCAAACUUAUUUAUCGUAGUUUAUAAUCUGACAAACUAAACCUUUGCUAAUAUAUCAGAGUGAGGGCUUUGAUGAACCAACAGUCACAACAAAGAAACAUAACAGGUACUUCAGCUGUGAAGGCUACAGAAAAAAAUGGGCUAGAGUGAUUUGGAAAGCUAUGAUAAUUAGGAAUAGAUUUCUGAGGCCAAAGUGCAUUUGGUUAUUGGCCUAAUAGUUUAAUUUUAGUGUUUUGACAAUGCAUGUUCUGGAUUCUAAAAGGUCAUAGCAAAGUACAGAACUUUGUAAAUGAACAUUAAAUAUUGGAUUUUUGUGGAUGUUCUUGAAAAAUGGAAUAUAUUGGACAUAGGCCAAUGUUACAAUAAACCAUUUUGUUUUUGUGAA